AAGGAACAGAGGCUGUGGUUGAGGAGGGAAGACCAGAAGGCCAGGACCCUAGCCAGUAUGUGAUGAGUCAGAUGGAAGCCCUGGAAGCAGAACAGAAUCAUAUUGACAACAGAGCCGGUGUGGUCGAGAGGAAACUCAGACAGCUACUGGAAACAGGAAGUGACAAGGUGGAGGAGGAGAGGUUAAUCCAGGAAUGGUUUACGCUGGUCAACAAGAAGAAUGCUUUAAUCAGGAGGCAGGACCACCUGCAGCUGCUGCUGGAGGAACAAGACUUGGAAAGAAAGUUUGAGCUGUUGAACAAAGAGCUGAGGGACAUGAUGGCAAUAGAAG